UACUUCCACCGUUGGUCACAUGCAUGCUGCCGGACUCCGGCCGUGUGCUCGCUAUCGCUGUCAGUGGACAUUUGGCCGCAGAACGACCUGAGCGUCGCACGCCGACUAUGGAAAUCGAACGAGCGAACGCACCGAGCGGCGCCUGGUCCUCGUUGUGGACCCGAUUCAAGAACAUACUCCUCGACUUCCAUCUGAACUCGGAUCGCAUAUUCUACCGCAUCGGGCUGAGUAUAGGAAAGAGGCCCUGGCUAUGGCUGCUGGUUUCCUUUUGCGUGAACUGUAUGUACGCGCCGGGGAUGCUACUCUGGAAAGAGGAAGUCAACCAAGUGGAUCUGUUCGUCCCCGACGAUUCCAUCAUCCGCGAGGACGCCAACUGGGUGAGAACGCACUUCCGGGACGAGUUCCGAUACGAGACCAUCAUCGUGACCGCCCCCAACGUCUUGGAGCCAGAAGUGCUGCGUUUGAUCGGUAAAAUCGAGCGGUCCGUGAAAGGGUUGAAGGUGAACAAUCACACCUGGGAGGACGUGUGCGCAGGGUAUCUGACCUGGUUCAACAAGAACGACACCACGAAUCUCUUCAAAGAGCUCGGCGUCUCCGAGGACGUCAUCUCCAAGUUGAACAAUACGGUGUUCAGGGACGGCUGCAUAUACCAGUCCAUCGUGCAGCUUUGGGAGACCAGCUUGUCCAAAGAUUUUCGUACGCUGUCGAAAAAAGAGAUUUUAAAAGAUGUCACCAAGGCGUUGAAGUACAAGGUCCAUAGCAAUCUGUUGCUAGACAUCGCUCCCCUGCUCGCGAAGGUAUCUUACACUAAGAAAGGCCGAGUUCGGGGCGCGAACGCGACAAUGUUGAAUUGGUUGCUGAAGAAGUCGAACCCGAACGCGGACGCGUGGGAACUGGCGUUCAUAGAUAAUGUUCUACACAUGAACGAGACCAUGCCACCGGGGGUAGAGAUUUAUGCAAUCGCCUCGCGAAGUUAUUUAGACACGCUGCAUCAGAUACUGAACAGCAACAUAUCAGUACUGUGCUGCGGGAUAUCUCUGAUCGCGGUUUACGUGAUGGCGAUGAUCGGUAAAUGUAACGCGCUGGAGCAACGAAUUUAUUUGUCAGUAAUGGGAGUCUCUGUGAUUGGCCAGGCAAUCAUAUCCUCGUAUGGAUUGUGCUACUACUUGGGAUACUCGUACGGGCCGAUACACUCCAUACUACCGUUUCUAUUGCUCGGUAUAGGCGUCGAUAACAUGUUCGUGAUCAUGCAGAGCCUGACCAAUCUGUCGGAGGCCGACCAGGCGCUCGAUCUUCCGGUCCGAUUCGCCAAGGCGAUGCAACAGUCGGGCAUGUCCGUCACAGUGACCUCCUUCACAAACGUGAUCGCGUUUGCUUUCGGCGUGACGACGGUAAUGCCGUGUCUGAGGUCCUUUUAUGCAUUCGCCACCCUGGGCAUCCUCUUUUUGUACAUCUACGAGAUGACCUUCUUUAUGAGCUGCUUGGUCUACGACGAGAAGAGGCUGGAAGCUCGAAGGGACGGUUGCUUUUGCUGUCCUAGAUUGAACUGGAAGCCGAACGAGUGCAGCCAGAGGAACACUCAGCAGAUCAUCUUCGAAAAUUAUAUCGGUCCGUGGGCGGUGAAGAACUCAGUGAGGACGGUCAUACUGUUGAUCACCGGCGGUCUUCUCUGCAUCAAUACCUGGGCUAUCUUCCAGCUGGAGCAGAAUUUCGAUCCCCUUUCGUACUUAAACCAGGACUCCUAUCCCAUCAAAUUCAACAACAAGCUGAAAGAAUUCUUUCCCAAGUAUGGGAAUCGGGCUGGCAUUUACAUGACCGGUGUAGACUAUUAUGAGGAUCGUGAUUCUCUUUACAGAUUGGUAGAAAGCCUGAAAGCAAAUCGGUUCAUUAAUAAUGGCACCCUCGAACCGUGGUUCAUUGCCUAUGAGAAGUGGCUUAAUGCUACUAACCAAGGUGACAUUGAAAGUAGCGAAGAAUAUUAUAAUAUUCUUAGCGAAUACUUACUCAUGACUAUGGAAGGUCAAGCAUACAUCAAGGACAUCAAGUUCAGUAAAGCACCGUUUGGAGAAUAUAAUAUAACGACGUCGCAAAUACCUAUACAACAUGUACUCAUUAACACAACCAGUGAACAAAUAGAAGCAAUGCAGUCUCUCAGAGAAACAAUUCAAGCUGUGAAUUUUUCUCAGAAACCUGACUAUAUUGCGAUAUUUUCGCCCGAGUAUGUCUCUUGGAUGGCAAACAAGGUGAUAGGAGAAGAAUUAAUUAGAAACUUGAGCCUUGAGAUAGUGACCAUUGGAGUAGUGAUAGUAAUAUUUCUUAGAGACAUCAAGACAUCCUUUUGGGUUCUUUGCUGCGUUUUCUUCACGCUCAUUGAUCUAUUAGGUUCUAUGUACUUCUUGAAUUUGACUAUCGAAAUGUCGUCGAGCAUUAUGAUUUUAUUGUGCGCGGGCUUGGCAGUUGAUUAUGCAGCUCACAUUGGUCUGGAGUUUAUCCGAACAAAGGGUAGCAAAAAAGAACGUGCAAUCGCAACACUUUCUAUAAUUGGACCAGCUGUGUUCAAUGGAGGUUUGAGCACAUUCUUAGCAUUCGUUUUGCUGGGUUCCAGUGAAGCUUAUCUAUUUAGUACCUUCUUUAAGUUAUUCACAUGUGUUGUAAUGUUUGGUCUAUUUCACGGACUAUUGUUCUUACCAAUAAUCUUAAGCAUAUUAGGCCCCGAAGAGAGAAUGAACGAAGUCAAAAAGGAGAGUGUUACGCAAGAACACAAUGGUUUCUGUACUGUUUCUUUAACUCGAAAUAAGAAAGGUGAGAAGCACUGCUAUGUACUUACAAAACACGCUUUUAUAAAAUAUAGGAAACUCUAACGAUCUCUUCUUUGCAGAUUCAGAGAAUAGAACUGCCAAAUAAGAUUUGACAGUAUCUAAAGACUGCUUAGAUAAGUAUUUUGAUUACAAAAUCUUAGUAUAUAAAUUGCAUUUACAAGAUCAAUGCAUAAAUACUAUAAGACAGUAGUUUGUAUAUUCUUUUAUAUAAAACAAAUACAAGGAUACCCCUUUA